UUUCUCUAGUCUUGAAAAUAAAAAACAAUUUUUUUUGUGCUUUACUUCAAAAUUAAUUAUAAAAUUUCAACACUUUUUUUUGUAUUUAUCGCACUUUGGCAAACCAACAUACACUUGCACUCGUAUCACGCGACUUGGAGGGCGUAGCGAAUUUUUGUUCGAUUUUUAUUACAUUUAUUUUUAUUUUUCAACCUUUGUUUUGCUCGCAUUCGCAUUCCCAGUUUUAUUCAUAUUUUGAAAUCCCACCACUCAUUUGGCUGAUUCGCCCUCAAAAUCUUUUUUUGCCUAUAAACUAAGAAAUGGCCGAGGAGGAGGACUACUCGGCACUGCCGCUCGAGCAGCGUCUUAUACACAAGGUUUGGAAGGUGCGCAUGGGGGCAUACACCGAUCUGACAAAGGAGCUGAAGCAGCUGGACCCCGACAAACAGGCCGGUCAAUUCAACAUGUACGAAAACUACUUGGCGAAAAUGGUGCUCGACACCAACAUGGCUGCGCAGGAGGCCGGUAUCACCACAGUCAUAGCGUUUGUCGAGAACGCGCCCAACCCCACACGCCGCCGCGAAGAGAUCAUCAGCGGGAUAGUGUCAAAGUGUCUUUCAGCAACCAAGGCCGGGACGCGGACGCAGAGCAUAGAGCUGCUACUGCUGCUCAGCGAGGUUGACACACCUGCCCCCGUGGUCACAGGAAUUCUCGAAGGAUUUGACGCUAAGCAGCCCAAGGCACUGGCCGCUGCGGUCAUGGCUGUGAAGGAUCUGGUGCACGCGUUUGGUGUCAAAUUUAUCUCGCUGAAGCCCCUGCUCAAGGCGCUAGCGAAGCCAUUUUCAAACAAGGACAACUCGGUCCGCACGGAGGCCCAGCAUCUGGCUGUGGAGCUGUACCGGUGGAUGGGGCCGGCGAUCAUGCCGGCGCUGCAGGAUCUGCCGCCUGUGCUGCUGAAGGAGCUUGAAACCCAGUUUUCUGCGACUGCUGGCGGCCCACCGCCCAAACAGCAGCGGCUACUGCGCUCGCAGCAGGAGGUCGAAGAGCCAGAGGAGUCAGCGGUCGGCGCGGGUGCAGACUCCGCAGACGUCAAUGACGAGGACGCAGGUGAAGAAUCGGCAGAUAUGGACCCGUGGGAUCUGGCAGAUCCGGUUGAUAUCACAAAGAAACUCCCUGAUGACUACCAGACGUUCGUGGUUUCGUCCAAAUGGAAGGAGCGCAAGGAGGUCAUUGAGCAGCUGCACACCUCGCUCAAGAAGAACAUACGGCUGCAGAUGAGCCCGGGUACCAGCGACAUCAUCCAGGAGCUCGGCAAGAAGAUUGGAGACACCAACAUAGUCGUGGCGACACUCGCGAUUCAGAGCUUGGGGUUGUUUGCGUCGGGGCUGCGGCAGGCGUUCUCGCCGUACGUCCAGAGCACACUACCCGCACUGAUCGAAAAGUCAAAGGAGCGCAAGCAGACUGUGAUCGACGCCAUCCGCGAGACUGUCGACGCCUUUUUCAAGGCCAUCGGCGGCGACCUGUCGGCAAUCGGCGACCACUACUUUACAGGAGCUACGCACAAGAACCCACAGGCACGGGCAGAGUCCAACCACAUGCUGAGGCGAUUUUUGGCUGUAACACCAACACGGCCGGGCAAGGGUGAUGUCAAAAGGUACGCCGAUCACCUGAAGACCGGCCUUGACGACGGCGAUGCCGGUGUGCGAGAGUCGGCGGCAGAGUGCCUGGGAACAAUGUCUAAGCUGGUGACCGCAAAGUUGCUCGACCCGUUUAUCGAGGGCGUCGACAAGAUCAAGCUCGAAAAGAUCAACGAGUAUGCCGAAAAGGCCACAAUCAAGGCAAAGGCGCCCGUGGCCGCAAAGCCAAAGCCAACACCAGUGACUAGUAAGCCGCGGCCUCGUCCAGCUGGAGCAGCGCCAGCAGGACCAGCACGGGCAGCUCCGCCGGCUGCCGCAGCCAGUGGCAGCAGUGAGCCAGUGGAUGGCCUGAGCGCUAACCUGCCGCCACAUAUCCGCAUGAAGCUCGAGGCGUCGGCCAGGGCAGCAGCUAUCAAAAAGGCGCAGCGGGAGGGAAAGCCGAUUGACGAUCUUUUGCCUCCGGCCCCGGCUCCCGCAGCAGCAGCGGCUCCUCGUGCAGCCCCGCCGACCAACAAGCGCCCCGCAGGACCGGCACCGCCACAGGCACCCCGCAAGUCGCCGGCUGCAGUGGCAGCGGCAGCUGCGGCAGCAGCAGCAAAACCGGGCGCCAAAGGAAAGCCAGCCGCUGCUGGCAAGGAUGCUGGCGAUGCUGUCAAGAUGCGGUUUGCCAACGACGACAGCCUGGACGAAAAUAUUGCCGGCGCAAUUCCAGAGGGCGUGCUGACCGGCUUUGACAGCGCUAAGUGGAAGGAUCGCGUGGAGGCUAUGGACCAGCUCAAGGAGCACCUGGGAGACCAAGCGGCCAGCGGCUCGGGUGUGCACCCAGAGCUUGUUGUGCGGCAGCUCGGGCGCAAGCCUGGGUGGAAGGAGAGUAACUUCCAAGUCGGCCAGCGCAUGUUCCAGCUGAUUGAGUGGAUGGCCGGCGAGGAGGAUCUCGAGUUUAACACCGGCGCGGCAGCCCUGUGCGCGGCGGCCCUCGUUGACAAACUUGGUGACAUCAAGCUCAAGGGCCCGGCCAGCAGCGCGCUAGUUGCAAUUGCGCAGCGGUUCUCCCUGAAGUUUGUGCUUGGGCUGGUGAUCGAGCCAAUCCGCAGUCAGAAGAGUCCCAAGGUGCUUGCCGACUGCCUUGCGUGGCUGGACACGCAGAUGGUCGAGUUUGGCCCGAAGGGCCUGGCGCUGCGGCCUGUCGUUGAGAUGGUCAAGGAGGUCGGCCUACAGAGCAGCAACGCACAAACGCGCGCAAAGGCCGUUUCGUUCAUGGGGACGCUGCGGCGCGCCGUUGGUGCUGUUGUGAUGGACCUGAUGGGCGAUCUCAACCCGCAGCUGCUUCAGCUGAUCGAGGCCGAAUUUGAGCGCGUUGCCAACCAGCCCCUGCCGGCCCCGAUCCACACCCAGCGCAGCCUGGCUGGCGAUGCCAGCGGCGGCACUGAUGGUGGUGGUGGUGGUGCCAGCGCCAGUGUAGGAGGCUCGGCAAGUGAUGAUCCGCUGGACGACUUGUUCCCGCGGCAGGACCUGCACGCGAUAGUUGGCCCAAACAUCUAUAAGCUGCUCAAUGACAGCAACUGGAAGGAGCGCAAGGCGGGGCUCGACACUCUGCAGGGCGCGCUGGACAGCGCCAACCACCGCAUUCUGCCCAACAUUUCAGGCGAUCUGUACACUGCACUCAAGCAGCGGUUGCAAGACCCGAACAAGAACCUGAUCACACUCACGCUCGGACUGCUGGGCGCACUUUCUACCGACAGCGCCGCCGCGCAGGUUCCCAACGUUCGCAUUGUAGCGCUGCCUACCAUGAACUGCCUGUCAGACAAGAAGCCGCAGCUGCGCAUGGCCGCGCUGGGAGCAAUGACGGCCUGGGCCGAGGCGUCCGCAGCUUGCGUCGACCAAGCCGUUCUGCCGUCCGUGCCCAACGCCCUGAGCGACACCUCACCCGAACUGCGCUCGUCGCUCCUGCAGUGGGUCACUGACGUGAUGGGCUCCCGUGUCUCCAAGGGCGGCCGGUUGCCGGACUUGUCGGCCCUCAUCACACCGCUGUUUUCUUGUCUUCAGGAUCGCAAUGCCGAAGUGCGCAAGCAAGCUAACCGCGUGCUCGAGCUGACUGUCAGCAGCUGCGGCUUCGACACGGUCUACGACGCAUGCAGCAUGCAGCUGAACGGCGCUGCCAAGGCUGCCGUUUUGCCAAUGAUCGACGAGUUCCGCCAUACCGCCGGAGGUGAUGGAGGCAGCGCGGGCCGUCGUCCUGCAGGCCCUUCAGCGCCGGGACGCGCCCGCCUGGGUGCUCUCGCGCACUCAUCAGGUGCUGGAGAGCGCGCCACGUCGCCCGUGGUCGAGUCCGUGAUGACCGCCUCGGAGCUGCUUGGCCGGGCAGCCGGCACUAGCCAAAUGCGGUCGGGGUCCGCAGCCACCAACGCUUCCCCUUCUGCCCCUGCUGCCCCCGGCGCUGCUAGCGGCCCCGGCAUGCUGAGGCGGCCCAUGGCUGUUCGCAAGCCUGCUGGAUCUGCGCCCGCACCGGCGCCGGGCAUUGGUGGCACGCGCGCUAUGCGGCCUGGUGCGCGCGGACCAACUUCGGCGGGCGGCUCUGCGGAUGUCAGCCGCCCAGGCUCAUCUAUGCGGGCAGGCACUCCGACUCUGCAGUCGACGGUGGGCCAGAUGGCGCGCAUGAGCAACGAAGACCUUGAAAACAUCCCGCCUAUUCUGGACAGCGACCCUCGUGCCAAGGACGCGCGUGCUAGACGCGACAUGGCCGGAAAUCCAAACGGCAUACCGCGCUGGGCGCAGCUAGGCGACGCGCGGGUGCGGGCCGAGCUCGAGGCACAGCUAUGCGAUCAUGCGGCUGCACACUUUAACCCGCUGAUCCAGCGGCAAUUGUUCUCGACGGGCCAUUACAAAGACCGUGACUACUUGGGUGGGCUGACGACGAUGGACGAGGCCAUUAGCAUUCCGACGCUGUCGCAGCAGCGUUUUGGCAUCCCGUUGUUCGCAGAGUCCCCCGAUAUGGACUCCCUGGCCGCGCGCUAUAUGGCCAAUAUCGACAUCCUGCUCAAGUACAUCAGCAUGCGCAUGUACGACGGAUCUACGCACACACUGCUCAAGAGCUUUGACCUGCUGGAGCGCUUGAUCCAGCUGACCGAGGAGAUCCAACAGAACAGCCAGCAGCAGAGCCAGGCCUCGUGGUCUGACUACGAGGUGCAGGCGGUCUUGCCCGCACUGGUCAGCCGUUUGGGCGAUGCCAAAGAGGUUGUGCGCGGGCGGGCGCGGCGCAUGCUGACGCAGCUUAUCACGCACUUGUACCCGACAACCAAACUGUUCAAUGUCCUGCUGGAGUACGGUGUGACCAACAGAAACAAUGCGCGCAUCCGCCAAGAGUCGCUGGAUGCGAUCUGCUUCUUGAUUCGUGAGCGCACUGCCGGCUGCGGCCUCAGCGCUGUCUGCGCCCAGCCCAGCCGCGCUGUUCCAGUCAUUGUGCAAGGCAUUGCCGACCGCGACAGCAGCGUGCGCACAGCCACGCUCAAUGUGCUGGUGGCCGUGGGAGAGCAGCUCCCUGGCGGCGCUGACGAGCUAUGGCGCUUGUGCGGCCGCAUGGCCGAGAAGGAGCGCACAAUGCUGGAGGAGAAGAUCAAGCGCUCGUCUAUUGCCACCGAAACGGUCAGUGUGCCGAGACCCGGCUCACGUAUUGGCGCGAUGGCGCCUGCAGCUGGACCACGGGCACGAAUUGGCUCUUCCCUCGCGCGCCCGGCCUCCCAGGCCUCCGGCAAUGUCGGGUCUCUGUCGCGCAACAGUGUCAUCGGCGGCAUUGGCGCCGGUAUUGCUAAUGGAAUUGGAGCCGGCGCUUCCAUGGGUGCUAACCGCCUCAGCCGGCCUGCUGGUCUGCCCGCUCCCUCCGGGGUGACAUACGGGAGUGAUGUCGGUGGCGCCAGCGGCAGCAGCGUGGGCUAUGCCGCCCAUGGUGGCAGCGCACGGCCAAUGUUCACCCUGGACUUUGACAAGCUCAACCUGCCGUCUUACUCGGCCGCAACCACCGAGCAGCUGAACAACCCGGCCUCUGCUCGCGGAAUGAGCGCGCGGCCGUUGGUGAGCUCUCCGCCAAUCUCGAACGCGAUGGAAUCAUUUGGCACCGGGAGCGGCUUUGGCGCCAGCCGGAAUGCCCAUUUGCAGAGUGCACUUUCUGGUAUGCAGAUUGGAGCAGCCGGCAAUUCUGGAGGCGACAUGGGCAGGGGUGUGAUGCACCAGAUGGCCAGGAGCCCCAUCAUGAGCGCCAGCAGCCAGUCCAUGUCGGCGCUAGCAUUCGUCAGUCCGCGCACGGCCGCCGAUUUUUCGCACAUGAGCGAGCCCGAGCGCGAUGAGUGGAUGGAGAGCAUUGUGGCAGACAUCAGCGGCGAUGACUCCAAGGCGGCCGAGAAGGCCAUUGAGCGCCUGAGAGAGCUCUUCGAGACCUUUGCGCGGCCGACCGACGAGGAGAAGCGCAACCCGCAGAUGUAUAUGCGGCAUAUCGUGCCGGCGCACCUUCAUAUCCGCAAGAACCUGGGCAACCUGGUGUCGGGCAUCGCGAUGCAGAUCCGCUGGGCGUUCACCACAACCUCGACCGACCCGACGAUGCAGUCGCCCUUCCACAGGACGCUGAGCCACAUUCGUCGGAUCACGUUGGACGUGCUGACCGAGAUAUUCGCCAACUUUUACUUUUCGCUGUGGGUGCCUCUAGAUGCCAUUCAGACUUUAUUUGAAGAGCUCGUGAGGCGGCUGGUUGAUCCCGCGACGAAAAACGAGAGCAAAUCCAGGAUCGGGCGCCGGAGCAGCGGCGGUGAGGCCGGCAACGACGAAAAUCUGUCGAGGAGGAUCAACACGAUCUUGGUGAAGAUUCUCGACAACGCCGACCGCACGACAGUGUAUGUAGCACUGAUGCAGCUGUACGAGUCGGCGAUGGCCGAGCCCGCGCCGAAUCCGCCGCAGACCGAUAGCGAUAUUCUGCGCAUGGCCUUUGGCGACAUGGCGCAAAAGUGCCUGUGGCGGCUGACAAAGGAUCUGGCGCAGGACUUGGAGCGGCAGUUUGGAGCUUGCAUCAACUCUAGCGCGAUGGAUAUUUUGCCAGAGCACGUGGCCAACCCAGAGUUCGGCAACCCUGCGUUGCAUCCGGCGAUUCGCGUGGAUCCGCUGUUCCGCAUGACACAUCGAUUCUUCGUGCGCGUGCCCGUCCGUGAGUGGCGCAGACGCAGCGACCGAGAUGUUUGGAUGUUUGGCGAUCUGCCUAAGCGUACCAUGAAGACGAUCAACCACACGUUGGUCACGUACCUGCAGUCGUUCUCGUGGCAGUUUGGCGGGCUGAUUAUCCGUGAUGUCAUGGAGUCGAAUCCGGGCCUCAUUCCGCCGCCGCCGGAUGCGAGAAGCAAUGCGGAUCCGGCGCUGAUUAACUGGGUCAACAGCGCUAAUGAAGUGCUAAAGCGGCACUCAGAGACGUGGGAGUACAUCAAUCUGGUUGCUGGUCAGGUAGACCCACUGCAGGGGUGUCCUCUGGUGGAGCAGAUGAUGGCGGCGAUGCGUGUCGCGCAGACGGCAUCUUCCGGCGAUCAUGAUGACUUUAGCGAUGACGACAGCGAUGUUGUCAUGGCAGGGCCAUCGGCGGCAAACUCUUACCAGCAACAUCAGUAUCAGUACCACCAGCAGCAGCAGCAGCAGCAGGGCCCCCGUGGAUCAUACUCUGGAAGUGUCACGUCUGGUUCAUCACCGUACCAGCAGCACUCGUGGCUGUCGACGAAUCCUCCUCCAGCAAUAAAUAGUGGAAAUAUCGAGAGGGCGCAGAGUCCCGGCGCGUUCAGUAGCAAUAGCCGUAUGGGUGGGUCGCAGAUGUAUUCCGCGGGUCCCAUGUGUGUGACAUCACCACAGCCUUUUUUGCCGUCCAUCCCCACUGCGCCCGCCGCUCCUAGCAAUAUCGAGCCGAUGACCAGUCAAGGCAGACUUCAAGCUCUGCGCGCGCGGAUUUUAAGCAAUCAGCAACACCCUGAUGCACGGCCUAACGCACCGUCGCCGGUAUUGUCCAACUACUCCACUUCGUCUACAAAUACGUUGGUAGGGACGCGAAGGACUGUUCCUUUGGCAAACAACUUUGCCGAUGGGACCAACUUGGACGAUAUUCGCGCUCGAAUCGCCUUGAUGCGCAGCUCCGUGCGUAAUAACACAAACACCAACAAUGGCGCCAACCAUUAAAAUAACAAAAAUAACCUAUUAUAAGUGUG